AUGAACAAUGAAAUCUCUAAGACUGAAAAUUUUGGUGGUACAAUUUCUCGUGCUACUCAGACAGAAACUAUAAUCCGUUGCAUUUAUUGUGAUACUAUUUGCUACGGAGAAGUCUGUCCAGCAGAAGGAAAACAAUGCGACCUUUGUGGAGAUAUUGGUCAUAUAAGAGCAGCUUGCCUUCGCAACUUCUAA